AUGCCUCGAGCAGCGCCAGCGCCCGUGGGCUCGGCAGCCUCCUCUUCCACCGCAGCCUCAGGCUCCAACGCUGCUGCCUCUUCGUCCUUCUCCUCCUCCCGCCCAGGCCUCACCCGCCCCGUGCGGCUGACCUCCUCUGGGUCGUUCCAUGCCGGCGCCCCCAUCCCCGCCUUCCCGACCCCAUACGGCCUGCGCGCAGAUCCCUCGAGCCGCAGACGAAGCACCAUCGGGGGCUUACGCCGGCAGCAGUCUACCCACAAGUACCAUACCUUCCCCACGCAGCCGCCCAAGACCCCUAGCGAUGCGCCCGACUCCUCCGCCACCCUCUCUCCGACUUCCUAUUCCGAUGGCGAUGGUGGUGAUGCGGGCAAGAGCUACUGGGGCCGCCACCACGGACAUAGGCACACGGGCAGCAGAGACAGCAACAGCCAUGCCACCCCCUUACCCGUCCGGCAGCUGGCUCUCCUGGCCCUCCUGAGCAUUUGCGAGCAGACUGCCCUGAACUCCAUCGGUCCAUACCUGCCCAAUAUGGUCGCCUCUUUCCCUGAGAUACCAGACGCGCAGGUUGGCCUAUACGUCGGCCUGCUGGCAUCCUCCUUCGCCCUGGCCCAGCUCUUGACGAACUUCCUGUGGGGCUAUUUCUCGGACAGAGUCGGUCGGAAGCCCGUCAUGCUGGUCGGAACGGCCCUGCUGAUGGUCUGCUUCGCCUUCUUCGGCUUCUGCCAGCGCUACUGGCAGGUCAUGGUCGUCCACAUCGCCAUGGGCUUGUUGAACGGCAACGCCGCCGUGGUCCCGACCGUUCUGGGCGAGUUGACCGACAGGAGCAACCAGAGCAGGGCUUUCACCUGGCUGCCGGUCAUGUACUCCCUGGGGGGCAUCACCGGCCCCGCACUGGGCGGGCUGCUUGUUGGGGAGGUCGAGGGCCAAAAAUUCCCCUACCUAGGCCCCAACGUCAUGUCAGCUGCCGCAUUACUCCUGGCUGUCGUGGUCUUGGCUAUAUGGUUCCAGGAGACGCUUGAAGACGUCCAACGGACGCGCCCUCUGACCGGGCUGGGCUGGGUGGAGAAGCUCUACACGGACCAGGGCGAGGAUCAAGCACUCCUGCAUGCCUCAACGCAUCCAGACAUUGAGUCUCAGGAUCAUGCCAACACAGGCGACGGUGUCGACUACAGCAAGGACAGUGGUCCUUCUCGCCGGUCGACCCUGCGUCAACUUCUGAACUGGACCACUCUGAGCAUCCUCUUCACAUACCUCAUCUUUCAGGUCGCCAACAUCUCCUUCAACAGCCUGUAUCCCAUCUUUGCAAGUGCUGCACCCCCAACGGGACGUGAUCUGGGCCCAGGGACCAUUGGUGUGAGCAUGAGUCUGGCCGGCCUGGUUACUAUUGUGUUUCAGAUCUCCUUGUUUGAGCGCAUCAAGGCUCGCCUGGGCAACCUGGGCACCUUUAGACUGAGCUUGCUGGGCCUGGCGCUCUGCAUGAUCUUGAUCCCAUGGGUUGGGUAUCAGGACCAGCGAGGCUUGUUCGGGUGGACAGAUGGCAGAUCAUCGCUGCUGGCAGAGCUUGGCGUCAUCCUUGUCCUCAAAAAUCUGAGUGCUGUGGGUGGCUUGAGCUGUGCUCUCUUACUGAUUACAAAUUCCGCGCCAUCUCACGAGACUUUAGGCACUCUCAACGGCAUCGCUCAGACCCUGUCCGCUGCUGGCCGCAGCUUCGGACCUUUCACCUCUGGGGCCGUGUUCACGCUCUCGGCACGUAUCCGUCCCAAAGGCGAACUCCUCGCUUGGGGCCUGUUUGGCGGCGUGGCUUUGUUAGGGUGGCUGUGGACUCUGGCUAUCAAAGGCGACAGCCUGGAGAGUGAAGACUUCGUCGGUGAGGAUGAUGACGAGGACACCCAUGGUAGCGAGGCCGACGACCCUGUGUUUGGACACACGGCAGGUUCAGAAGGACACGAUGAGCACCAGGCAUAGAAACAGCUAGUCGCCUCGCUCUGGCUCCUAUUUGGGAGACGAUAGAGCAGAAAUGGAAAGGCCGCAGUGCCGGAUAUCGCAGAGCUAAGCGACACCCCCC